CAUUGCGGCCCAAUUCGACAAUCGCUCACCUCUGUCAAUUCCUCGCUGAUAUAGGCAAAGCCGGUUAUUAGUCAGCUGGAUGCCUUUCUCCACGGACUGAAUUCUCGCGUCUCCGCCCUCGCCGGCACGCCCACAAUGCCGCCCCAUCUACACCCGCGCUCGCGGAUGACCUCCUCAAUAUUCGUUACGACCCUCUUCGCCAGCUUUGCCGUCGUUACAUUACCACAUAUCCUGCCGUGUCCCGCGCCCCGGGUGGCAUACACAGAGGGGGAAAUAUGUCCGGAUGGGAAGAGGAGGCGGAGGAAGAGGUGCGCUCCUGAGGUUGCUACGGACGGCUUAGUCAAGGAGGGGCAGCCAUGUUUGACAACUGUAGCUGUUGGAGGAGGCGAAGACCUCGAGGAGAUUGUGGGGACAAGGGAGAAGAGGGAAUGCCCGAUACCGAAACCAGGGGGGACUAUGGGGAAAAUACUUGCAUUUACCGGGAUAGGAAGCAAUACAGAUGGAUCUGGAGGGACACGACCAUCGUCAUAACGAAUAUAUGGAAGGAUAGAGUGUAUAUAAGAUGUUGGAUAUUAGAAGGCCGACAUACGAGGCUUGGGGGCAGAACUGGGGCGCAGAAUUGGCAGAAGACCAAGAUGUACGGACGGGUUACGGAACAACUGUAUACCAACAAAUACCUGUGUUAUAACACAAGAAGAGCAUCAACUUAGUCAUAUGUUGAAAUUAUCAAACAGCA